GACUUCCUGGAUUCAGAGCGAGCGCAGUUAGCGUGAUGGGCAGCGGAGAAGAGGCGCUUUCUUAAAGACAACAGAAGACUUUAUUCAGAGAUGUAAUUUCAGAAUUAUAAAGUCUUCCAGGUAUUAUUUCGUGGUCGUUUCUGGAAACAGCAGUCGCUAUGGGUUUACUGACGAUACUGAAGAAGCUGAAGCAUAAGGAGCGGGAGAUGCGCCUCCUCAUGCUUGGACUGGACAAUGCUGGAAAAACAACCAUCUUAAAGAAAUUUAACGGCGAGGAUGUCAGCACUAUUUCCCCCACCUUAGGAUUCAACAUAAAGACACUAGAGCAUAGAGGGUUCAAAUUGAAUAUCUGGGAUGUAGGAGGUCAGAAAUCGCUGCGGUCGUACUGGAGGAAUUAUUUUGAAAGCACAGAUGGACUGGUGUGGGUGGUGGACAGUGCAGACAGACUGAGAUUGGAAGACUGUAGGAAAGAACUCGGUGCACUGUUACUGGAGGAGAGACUAGCAGGAGCCACACUUAUUGUAUUUGCCAACAAACAAGAUCUGCCUGGUGCCUUGUCCAAGGAUGCCAUAAGAGAGGCUCUAGCUCUGGAUGAGAUCAAGACACAUCAUUGGUGUAUAGUGGGCUGCAGUGCGGUGACGGGUGAAAACCUCCUGAUGGGUGUUGACUGGCUCCUGGAUGACAUUGCUGCUCGGAUCUUCACAGCAGACUGAAAAAGCUGCCUUAAAUAUUUAAAUUCCUGUCAGCCAAGUGUGCUGCAGUUGUAACUACAGAAAUUAGCCUCAGUCUGAGUCUGUGGUUAUAUCAGAGGGCACUUCAACUAGUGUGUGAUUUUGAAGGACUUGUCAUUUUCAGUUCAUUAAUGGUGCAGAAUUUCAGGUUGCCACUCUUCCAAACUCGAAUAAGCGAUGCAUUUAAGCAUUUAGAUCCUCCUACACACUGAAAACUGUUCACCUGUUCAGUGGGGGAAAACAAAGGUCUCCACCAUGAGUGGAAGACUGAAGAUGUACCUUCUGUGUAGUAACUGUACCAGCUUAUGGUAAUUCUGCAGAUCCUUGCCCAGGAAAUUGGUUGCCAGUGAUCUUUGAGUAUUCUGUCAUUCUUAUGGUUGUUGUAGUCUCACGAUGACCAUCAAAUGAGAUUAAAUAAACCAAAUAAACAUGACCAGUUCAGAAUUAACUUCUUUUGCUGUUUUACCCCUAAAGAUUAAAAUGACUUUAACAUGUCACUUGAAA